AUGAAGUCGGAGUUCCAACCUGAUUUGAUUUCAAAUCAACCUAAAUCAUCAAAAUCAAAAUCAAAGUCCAAAGCAAAAUCACGAACUACCAAUACAAAAACGAUAAAGGCUCCAGGUUCAGUAAAUGAAAGAGUUGCUCAAGCAUGUGAUAGAUGUAGAGCUAAGAAAACAAAGUGUGAUGGUAAAAAUCCCUGUUAUGGUUGUCUGUCUGUGGGUCUUGAAUGUAUUGUAUCUGAUAAGUUAUCUAGAAGAGCUUUUCCUAAAGGUUAUACAGAAACCUUAGAGGAAAGAGUACGACAAUUAGAAGCUGAAAAUAAGAAACUUCUCGGUAUAUUGGAUAUACGUGAUGAACAGAUUGGAAUGCUUAAUUCAGGUAUAAGUGGAAGUGAUAAUCAACCAGAUACCGAUACUAAAGAUGAGUUAUUUGAUGAAGUAACUAAAUCGAAUCUUAGUAUACUUGAAAGUGAAAGCAGUGAAGAUUUCCAUCAUCACCAUGAUGGGUGCCCCUGCGGAUGUUCCAACCCUCAUGCUGUCCACGAGAGACCCGUUUCAAUAGCAGGUUCGCUUUAUGAAGGUAUUGAUGCUCCUAUAUCGAUUGCCAGUUCAAUCAAUUUAAGUGAUGACGAAGAAAAUGAUGACGAUAGGGAAAGUUUAUUCUCAUCUGAUUUUGAUUAUCCUGGAGGGAACAAUCAAAGGAGAUAUAAUAGGGAAGUAAGUCCUGCUCCUGGAGCUUUUGCAGCCGCUACAGCUAUUGCUCAAAUGCAAAAAAAUAAAAUAUUCCAACAACAACAACAAAAGUUAGAGAAUGCAAAUAGCAAACAACUGAUGCUUACUUCAUUGGUUGCUAUUUCGAUUCCUAGAAGUACAGAAGAAACAUUAUUUAUUCCUACCUUAUUAGCCAGAGUGUGUGAAGCUUAUGGAUAUGACUCAAAGCCAGCUAUAUUAACCGCAAAUUCUAUUGCAUCAUUAAAAGAAAUAUCAUUUGAAAGAAGUCCAACCGAUAUAUCACUAAAUAUCAAGCAAGAUCUAGAGAGAACUCUUAUAAACAACGAUGUUCCAAAAUUAAAUGAAGCGGAUGCCCUCAAUUUUAUUCUUAAUUUAUUAAACUUACCAAAUUCCAGAAUCGAUUUAGAUCAAUUCAUCACUGUAUAUUUCCAAGAUUGGGGUAAUUCACUUCCUGUGAUUGAGAAGGAAGGAUUUUUGAAGAAUUAUAUGGAAUUGGUGGAAAUAUUAGAAACGGGUAUUUAUGUUAAUUCUAGAGAACCAGCCUGUUCAUUCGAUCUGAUUGAAAAAUUUGGAGCUCUUAUGAUUUUAGUAUUAAGUUUAAGUUUAUUAUCAAACAAACAUUCCCACAUAAGUGAUAAUGAUGAUCGAUAUGUUCAAUAUUUGAAGUAUUAUGAUUAUUUAAUCCAUGAGUUCAUUAAACCCAACUGUAUUAUCACCAAACAUUGUUCAAUUCAAUCACUUCAAAUCCUUACCCUUGCAUUACAAUAUUGUUUAGUAGUGGGUGAUAUAAAUACAUGUUAUGAUUUACGUGGUAGAGUUAUCAGUAUGGCUCAACAAUUAAGAUUACACAGAUGUCCAGCUGCAGUGUUAGGAUUAUCAAGUGAUGUUAAUGAUUUAAAACUUCAAAACAUGAAACAAGCUGAAAGACGUAUUUUAUUCUGGUGUGUGUACUGUCUUGAUGUUUAUUCUUCAUUUAACUUGGGUGUACCGAGACUUUUCAAAGAUUUUGAAAUUGAAUGUGCUAUGCCAUUCGCAGGUAAAAAUGAUGAUGAUGAUGAUGAUAAUGUAAAUAUCUUAAUUGUCAACAAUACUAAAUUAUUAAUUGUUGGAAAAGUAUCAAAAUAUGCCUUGAGUAUGAUGACAUACUGUAAAGUCUUGGGAACUGUCUUAGAUUCAAUUUUCUCCAGAUAUGAUAAUCCUGAAACAUACAGUAAAGCUUUAAGUAGAGAUAGAAUUCUUGAUUGUUGGAGAAGGGAUUUGCCAACAGAUUUAAAAUUUGAGAUUGAUGUUAAUGGUCUUUCACUUAAGGAUCAAGCCACACAAUAUAACAAACAACAAUUAACCUUAAUGUUCCUUUACUAUCAUGCUAGGAUUUUAAUAUAUUUACCAAUAUUAUCGAAAUAUGGUAACCAUCACAAUGUGGGUUUAUCCAAGAAAGAACUGUUGCUUAAAGGAGAAGGUGAUGUUGCAACUAUUGUGUCUAGUAUUAGUAUGGUGCAACAAUCAUCAAUUCAAAUUCUUGAAGUGUUAAAGUAUGUUAAUGAUACUACCAAUCCAUAUUUAUUACCUAUACCUAUCAAUAUACCUAGACAACAAGCUAGGUUUGCCCUUUUAGUGGCUAAAGGUAGUUUAGAUUAUCUUAAAGGUGGUCCAUUAUUUCAAAAUCUGAAACAAUUACUUUUAGAUACAAUAAAGGAUUUGAUUGAAGAGAGUAAUUUGAAUAUUCCAGGUAGAUUAAGUAGAUCUACAGCAAAGAUACUUGAAUUAUCAAUCUUGAGUAUUUUGGGACUUAAUUUAUCCAAGAAUAAAUUCGUGAAGAAGAAAGUUGCAGCCAAUCAUCCAAUUACCAAAGUUGCCGUACCAAGAGACCCAUAUGGAAUUGAUGUCAGAAGCAGAGCACCAACUUCCAGACUUGCCAAUGAGUUUACUGCUAAUGACGAGUUACAAUUAUUACAACAAACCAAUGAAUUGUCAAUGUCUUCAAGUUUGAAUAGAAUUACUUCUACUUCAAGUAACGAUUUUGAAUUUGGUAGUAAUGACUAUAGUGGAAUCGAUGACCCUGAAGGAUUAGAACAUAUCUUGGAAUUUGAUCCAUUUAAAGUUAAUGUUAACAAAUUAUUAAUGAAUGACUUUGCAGCUGAUGGUUCCCUCGGUCUUGUACCAUUCUUAGAUAUGAAUGAUCUUGAAAAUAAUGAUAAUGAUAAUGAAAUUAGAAUGAAUAAUAAUAAUAAUAAUAAUAGUAAUAACAAUGGAGAUGCAAGUGAAAUACCCCACCCUGAAAUUAGAGGGAUUUCGUUAUUCGGAAUGAACAACAACAACCAAUGGCAAUGA